UUGUUCCCGACCUUUUCUCCCACCUUAUCUCAUACAUACACUCAUAUAUACCUACUGCACACAUACACCAAGAUCCAAGAACCUUCAUUGUGCUCCCCCCUGAGUUUGCUUGCUACCCCCAUUUCUAGCAUCUAUAUAUUCAUCCAUCGAUUCCAUGGCAUAAUCACAUAUCAUAGUACACAUAUGCAUGUAUUCCAAUCUCCAAUCAACCAAAGAUUCUCGAGGCCCAUAUUCUAUUAGGCUAAUUAGCCCUAGAAAAAUCUCCAAGAAUAGCAGCUUUUAUAGUAGUGUUGCUUGUCAUCCCAGCUCCCAGAAAUAGCAUACUAGUCAAAGUCAGCACCUUCUCGGCAGCUGGAGCUCGAUCGAGAGGUUGUGGUUGUGGAGCCACCGCGCCCAAUCUAUGGAGUUCCUCCCAAUCGGCGGCGAGGAUUCGGAGCGGGUUUGCGCAUCGUCGGCCGUGGAGAAGGAGCACAUGUUCGAGAAGGUGGUGACCCCGAGCGACGUGGGGAAGCUGAACCGCCUGGUCAUCCCCAAGCAGCACGCCGAGCGUUACUUUCCGCUCGACGGCGCCGCCGCUGCGGCGGCUGCGGCUAACGGAAGCGGCAAGGGGAUGGUGCUGAGCUUCGAAGACCGCGCGGGGAAGGCGUGGCGGUUCCGGUACUCGUACUGGAAUAGCAGCCAGAGCUACGUGAUGACCAAGGGCUGGAGUCGCUUCGUCAAGGAGAAGCGCCUCGGCGCUGGCGACACCGUCCUCUUCGGCCGCGGGGGCGUCGGCGAGGGCCGUCGCCUCUUCAUCGAUUUCCGUCGCCGACGCCCGGCCUACGUGUUCCCGCCGCCGGCGACUUCUUCGUCGUUGCAUUGCCUGGCGGCGCCUCUCCCCUCCGUGCCGCUCUGCCCGUGGCGGCGGGACUAUGGAACCACCUACAGCGGCGUCUCCGCCGCCGCGGGGUCCAUGUCCAGCCGUCACGUGCUGUUCCUACGGCAGCCAGUUUCGGCGGCAGUGGUGCUCAAAUCUGUGCAGGUGCGUGCCGCACUGGAGGUACCGUCGAGGCAGAAGCGGGUCCGGCUGUUCGGCGUGAACCUCGACUGCCCGCCGGCACUCGAGGAAGGCGGCGUGUGCGGAGUCACGCAUACGGUGGCGCCGACGCUCCUGCAACAGCUGCUGCCGUCGCCGUCAUCGUCUACGUCGUCCACGGCGGGGAAGGAGGCGUGCUCCUUGGAUCUUGGACUGUGA